AUGAACAUCUUUACUCGCCAUGGCCAUUACCUCCAAAACAAGCCAUUGGAGUCCAUCUCCAAACUGGCUCCAUUCUCCGGCCUGAUUAUCUCAAUCAUUCUAGUCAUUCUUUUCCUCAUACGAUUCUACAUUCUCGAAGGUUUCCUGAUCCGUCGACUGUACGGCACCAUCUUCACAGACAUGAACGAGUUAAACCGUCGGGGAUUCAUCAACCACCACAUCGCCGGAACAACCAAAAUUAUUAUUUUAAUCAUCGCUGCCUAUCCGUUUAUCUGCGUCACAUUUGGAAAAUCGACCUUCCACACACCGUUCGUCGAAGACUCCCCGGUCACGAUGGGCGAUGUUCUCAUUAUUGUCGCUCAGAUGUUGAUCGCCAUGUAUAUAUUUGAACUUCUCUACCGAGUGAAACUGUCGCCGGUCGCAGUGAUGCACCAUGUCGGAACCAUCCUCAUUGGACAGUCUGCGAUUGCAAUCAGCCUAAGGUUAGCGAGAGAGCCAGAUGCAGAUAUCGAGUUUAUUCUUUGCACUGUUUGGGGCGCAUUCGACAUCAUCUCGGAAUUCUUCCCUCACGUCGCCAUCGUUCUCUACCGCGUCUUUCCCACCCGUCACCGUUUCCUUGCUCGUGUCUUUAUUCUCUCCUGCAUCACCACCGCUACUGGGACACUCUGCGAGACAAUCGUCACAAUGUGGCUCUUCGGAAGUCUGUGGAAUAAAUGGGAAAUCGCAUUCAAGGUGGCUACUCCAUUACUGCAUAUUGCAUUUUCUGCUGCGCAGAUCCACGGCAGCCUUGUCUUUUGGCGCAUGUAUCGCCGGCAACAGCGGUAUAUGAAAGAGGGGAUACUCGAUGCUGAGAGCGCGAAGGUUGAUAAAGCAGAGAAUGUGGAUGGUGGGGAUAGGGAGGCUAGUUCUACGGCUUCGAAUAUUGGGAUGGUGCAGUCAGUUCCCAGGGUGGUUAGUGUAUAG